CAGUUACCCCAGGCAGAUGGCAGUGCUGUAUAGUCUGCUGCUACAUACGUGCUCCGUGCUCUGCUGUGAACAGUAGCAGAGUUUAGAAUUCCUGAUCGAUAUGCCGGCUGACUGAGGGACCAGAGAGCAAUGGGAACGAAGCGUGCGGGAAUGAGGAAGGAAGUAACACGUCUGGCGUAGCGUGGUCUGUAUGUGUGUGCACAGCGGUGACAAACAUCGGACUCGUUUGUCGUCACACCAGACCAAUGGGGCUUCAUCAGACGCUUGCAGGCCUAAUGGUGCGAUCUGUGUUGCAAAGAGUUAUGCACAGCGUGAAUAUAUUUUGACCAGUGCACCACUUUCUAUAGUAAUUUUGCUGUGUGUGCAGUGACGCUUAUCGGCAGAUAUAUUUUGCCUGUGUGGAAGAGAAGUAGACCUGGUUCGCGAGACACGUCACGUGAAUGUUGUGUUGCAAGGGUUGAAAAAACCGGAGCAGUGACUUUUUCGCUCUCUGCCCCCCCAGUUUGAUACCACUUGCUAUAAGAAGGGAGAGGGGAUAUGUAUCCUACACUAGCGCUGUCUUGUGGGACACCGGGAAGUUUCCCCGCUCAGUAAUGGCGGUCGCCGUAUCCGAUCGACGUGCAGUUUAAUGCUUUGUACUUGCUGUUUGUAUUGAUGUGACAAUAUUGAAUUCGUUGCAGGUGGAUAAAUUACAGAAUGUUGGUGACUAUGGAACACGGUAGAAUAGUAUGAUGGUAGUGUAUCAGUGUUUAACCUGUGUGAGAUGCCCGUUUUGUUUCAAACGACACCAGCGACGGUAACGACGUCGGUGGAUAUAUAAUAGUACUAUAAUACAAAUAUGUCGACAGUCGGCGCCUUUUAACUAGCAUGGCGCUAGUAUCACGGGGCCCUGGACCCCCUGUCUGGGCCCCAUUGGGAAUCAACCUUCUCUUACUACUCCUCGUGGUGGGAACAGUUACCUCGGAAAAGAACAAAUACUAUCACAUGUCGUCGCUGUGUAAGAACCACUUCCUGGCGCUCCUGUACCGGAAGAUAGACGGGGCGGUGCUCCAGUCUCAGAACGAGAGAAACCUCGACUGUGUCAUCACCUUCCAGACGCAUUCCAUCCUGCAGCGCUUUAUGCUUCGCUUCGAUCUCUUGCAGCUUGACUGCAACGACCAUCUUUUCAUAUACGAUGGCGCUCAUGCAGUCGGCAGCUACAAGUCGGACCUUUCCUGUCGAAACACCAAGCAAACAGUGGGUGCCAUCUAUACUAGGACCAAUUUUGUGACGCUAAAAUACGUCACAGACGGUUGGGGAACGGAGUCGAACGGUUUCAAACUCGUUAUCACAGCAUUCAAAGACAAAAAGCAUGCUUGCGAGGACUUCAGGUGUGACCGCGAGUUCUGCAUACACACGGACCUCGUGUGUGACGAGGUGAAUCACUGUGGGGACGGCUCAGACGAGCUGAGCAGUGCAGUCUGCACACCGAACGAGCUGGGCACAGUGUUCGGCAUGAACUCCCUCGUCUUUGUGGUGGUGAUCGUGAGCAGCUUCCUGAUUCUGUGCGCAGGCGCGGUGGCGCUAGCAGUGUGCCUCUGCCGGCGUGGCGGUCAUCACGCCCGACCUCCACACCUUCAGUCAGCCCAACAGCAGCCGCCAAAUGCCUCCUUCCCAUAUGUACGGGUUCAACGGCGCCGGGACGCUGACCAGCUGCACCGUGGUGAAGCCGCUGCCUGCGUCGGGAAACUGGCUUCACCCUGCGGGGCUUCGGCUCGGGUACAGCGCGGCCCGGGUCCGCCUCUACUGCCAGGCAAAGUGAGGAGCUCAGGCUCCGACAGCGACAUUUCCUCCGGUCAAAAGGACGAAUGGUUCGUGUAGAGGUUGACCUGGUCCAAUGCCUUGCAGGGUGAAGUCCGAGUCGGUAGCAGUACCCUCUACCGGCCGGCGCCGCAACUAAUCUCGGAUAGUUGCUUAGAUAUUUCUUCUGCCAGCAAAUAAAGCUACGAGGGAGAAAAAUUAUUACAUGGUUGUAUCCUUUGUGUAAUAAAGAACCCUACCAUCAAGUUUGAAAACAAAACGACAGUGAUCCAAGAAUAAUUUGUCUUGAAGGUAAGCAUGGAAGUUAAUGACGGAGGGGAGAGAGAUAAGAAAGUAAACCAUGGCAUACAAAAGAAAAGUUUGAGCAGAAAUAAAGAAUUGACGCCGCCUUCUAGAGUGGAAGGAAAACAAUAAAAUGAAUAUGUUUUAACUACUUGCUGAGAAGUGCCUGUUGAAUAUCACAAUAGAUGCCAAAUAUGAGCAGCAGGAAGAACCAAAGAGUAAGAAUUCCGAAUAAUAAAUACAUCUUUUUGUUAUUUUAUUAUAUGUUCUAUAUGAUAUGAACUGUAGAAAGUUGAUGAAGUGUCAAAGAAGCUAUAAAGCUGUAAGAAAACACAUGGCCUUGAGUGUGUAUAAGUUGAAAAUGACGUUCUCUCGCGAUGUCGCAGUCUGCGGAAAGCUGAAGGCCACGUUCAGACUUACAGCGAUUGACCUGUUUUGCGUUACUUAUCAAAGUUUCUUUCUCGCUCCUUGCAUUCAUGAAACGGCGCGCAGCAAAAAUAACUAUAAUAUCGCUUCUCAUCUGUGCUGGACAAAAAACAAUAAAUGCCAAAGUCUGUGAGACGCAAAGUUAUAGACCAGACUUUACCGAUCUGUGUUUCUGAAAUAAAGGGGGGGAAAUACAUAAAUCCCUGUUCUUUAACCUACGUUUCAUGAGGACAGUUCUCAUAUAUAAAAUAUCACAUUGCCGAACAUAUGAUGAUCCGCUCGAGUUUGCCAAUUUUGAAAGUAGACUCUGUAACAAUGAAAAGGUACUUGAAAAUGAUCCUGCGUUUAAACGAGGAAAUUUGAAACUAGGAAAAUAUUUGUAUACUAAUAUUGUUAACCAACUAAUACUACUGUAUCAUCAUCACGAGUUAGCUUUUUGGAAUAUAACAUUUUAGAGAUUUGUUUUCGUUUAAACAUAACAAAGAUGCAUAUAUAAAAGAAUUAUUAUAUUUAUUAAUUAAUAAUGCAAACAUUAUCGUCAUCAGCCAUAUACUGCCUGCCACCUAGAGCAGAGGAUGGUUUCAGACAAUAGCCUCAAGAAUAGCAAAGAGUUUUAUGAAUGGUUCUUUGUGGAAAGAAAGGACUGAUUUGACCGCUUGGUAACUCAAAGGAUUCUUUUAGAUAGGGUGGCUACUAAUUGUAAGACAAUGUUAUUCUAAGGUAUGAUUUCAGUGUCUUGUCUUUCUGUUAGUUCGUAUGACAUUCGACAACGUCUGUUGCUUCUUAUAACGUGAAGAGAGACGUUGUUGAUAAGGACAGCUUUUGUAAAAACUACGUUACACAAUUUGACCAAUACAUUUUGCGAAUUAAAACAUUAAAAUAUGUUGUAUAUAUUAUAUGGUUUCAGGAAGUUAUAAAUUCUGAAAAAUAAAUUUUACAAUAUACCAUAACUUUAAAAUGUUGUCUUAAUAUAUUUCUAAAUAAUGAAGAAAUCUACAGCAAUUGGACCUGACGUCUGAUUGAUGCGAUAACUUUGAAGCAAAAUUAAUUUUGAAGUAAAACAAAUUAUAUCAUGCCGUAAUUUUACCUCAGUAACCAUAAAUAUUUUCCUUAUAAAGUACAUGUUCGUGUCUUGCACUUUUUAGCUGAAGUUACACACAAAAUCCCAAAUGGAAACUCGCCGUCGGAUGUCGCAGCGGAGUUACUCCGUGCUUCAUCGAAACUAGGAAUUUUGUAAUUUGUUGUCCACAGUACGAACAUAUCGAUUCUAUUCUACGAGAGUGAAGUUAACGCUCUGGAAUACGAAUGUUACUUGUAGUUACAAAUUUUAAAUCGGGAAUAUUGGAUAGGGGAUUAUGUCAUCAUUCGCAUGGAGGAUUUGAUUAAAAGCAUGAAACCCUCGAAGAAAUCUGUUACGUAAUCAGUCUGGAACACCUCCAAAUGUUUUUAUAACAAGAUACCGAAAAAUAGCGAACUUGAGUUUAUGAUAAUAGAAAUCUUCUUGGCUUGUUAAUUUCGUAUUUCUUCAUGCAUUAUUUUUUAAACCUAGGAACAAGAUUUUGGAAAGUGAGAAAACAGUCAGUUCCUCGUAUUAUAGACUGCGCAGCAGCAUUUACGUAAUUCUCUACGCUUUUGACGGUCUUGUCAUCAAUUGAGAAGUAACAGUUGAAUCCAGUAGUUCACCCAACAACAUUAUUUAAGCAACCACAUACAUUAUCACUGUUUCAUCAGCAUUUAUUAAUAUAUUUUGCAAAAUGUUAGUAAAAUCUUGAAAUACAAACACUAAAGAAUAACCUGCUUAGUAAUGAUACUAACUUGUGUAAAACAAUAGUAAUUUUAGAAUUUAAAUUUAUUUUAAAAUCUUACUUGACGCGUUUGUUCACAGGCGUUUUAAAUAAGGAAGCUGAAAGUAUAAUACUGUAUCGAUACCAAUUUAGAUCGGACCAUUCCAGAUACCGAUAUAAAUUUAUUAUUACGUAUUGGUCAAAUUUAUUUGCGUAUUUUAUCGACAAUUGAUGGUCACAUUGGAACAAAAUAGCAGUUGCCGAUGGAGAAAGUGUGAGUGAGUUGAAUGUUCUCCAUAGCCUGUCCUGUCUUCAAAUUAUUACGUCAUAGAGACUUUAUUUUUGACACUUUAAUGAUGGUAACACACAGAGAAACUCUUGGUAGUGUUUCGUUUAGCUGUGACUGUCUGUGGUUCUGUGUGAGAGUGUGGUGUGUUCGUAACAUUUCUACAGAUCUAUAGCACACUGACUGUUUACCUCAUGACUUCUGGAACAUUCUGUAUUAAGCACUUAAAAAUAUCGUCUUUACGAAGCCUGACCAAUAUGAGCUACGAGACCUAAUAUUUCUAAAGCAGGGUUAUAGUUUAAUUAUUAAAAACUAUUUCAUAUAUAAGGAUCCACAAUUUGAACCAGAUAUUUGAAUUCAUAAUACACUUGAAAGAAUCUUCUGUUUGAAAUUAUUCUAAACCUUAUAGGAAAUUUAACGAUGCUAUAUCCAAAAUUAUGUUUAUCUGAAAUAUUUUUCAUUACGAAAGAACAAUUACAAAAUUAUACAUCAGUCUUCACGAAUGUUUAGGUCUCUUUAAGAAUCUGACUCUUGACGUAUUUCAACAGCUCCUCAGUUACACAGCAGCAGCCGGGUGAAUUGGAUCUCAACGCCGUGUCUCUUCUGCAAUUUCUCUGACACCCUUGUAAUGCGGGUCAGCCUCAGCAAGCGCUUGCUGACCACCGUUUUUUAAGGUCACGGGGCAGUCAAUACUCAAAGCCAUGGUAAAGAUCGUUUAUCGGCUUCGGAUAUUGCUGUCAUUGCUUCAUUAGCCCAUUUUCCGUAAUUUUAAAAUAAGUGAGUAGGAAAUUAGAGUACAGAAGCUGAAAAUUUUGUAUUUGACUCAUAACCAAGGCUGAGUAUUCUGUACGAAAGAACUAACUUAAAAUUUGUUAGGUCGUAUAAUUUCUUUGAGCGGAAAUGCAAAAAUUUGCAAUUUAGAAAUAAAUAAUUUUAAAAUGGAAAAUCCGAAUAUCGCAUUUUGAUUCCGAUGUAAUUUUAUCUGUAGAAAGUUCGCUUAAAAAAAGUGAUGAUGUACUUGGCUGAUAGGGCAGGUCUGUUCUGUAAUAAUCGUCUCAUUAAAAUUAUUAAUGGAAAUAAAACCAGCAGCGUAGCUAAGAGAGAGAGAGAAAGAGAGAGGUCUCAUUUGUUCAAAUAUUGAAAGCACAUUUCAGAUAAAAUGGUACAUUGCAUACAAAAUGAGCAUAAAAUAUACACGUUAGGAACUAAAGCGCAUGAUUGAAGGAAUUGUCUUUAAACAUUUAAGGGAAAGCAGUAAUUAUAUAUGAUUAUCUGACGUUCAGUAACUCUUCAUUAAGCCAUCAAAGUGUAUUUAUGGAUUUAAUACGAUUCCCAGAAUAAAAAAUAAUUAUUUCCUUUAAACACCACUAAUUGACUGAUUUUUUAAUGGAGAAUCAUUGUUAUUUCUUUUGGGUAGGAUCUGAUUUUUAAGUAUUUGCGUAAUAAUAAUCUUAAAAUGUUGUCCAUAUUCAUUCUGAAUCCACGGUAACGCUGUACCAAGGUGGCAACACUGUAUUAGUUGCUGUUCCGAAGUCCGGAUCGAGGCAGUGUGCUAUGGAUACAAGAAAAGAAAUAGCCUAAUAUUAUUUCCACGAUACCAUUCUCCGUUUAUGACAUAUAAAUACUGGUUUUCAACAGCUAUACAGAUUAAUAAGCGGAGGUCUUGGAAUCGUGCGAAAUCUAGCGCCAAAGUUGUAUUGUGGUCUAACUAUAAUUUCUGACGAAAUGUUUUGCGUGUGAAAUACACAAGAGAAUUUCGCGUAGAUGAUUUCGUACUGUUUUUUACUGUGUGCAAAGAAAAAAUUAAGCCAACUUUUCCCACGUUUAAAAAUAUUGCACUGUUGCUUUUUCUAAGAAACGUAAAGAAAAUAAUUAUACCUUUCCAUUUCUUAAAUUCUUAAUGCAGAUUUCUGUAAAACGAAAGAAAAUGUUGAAUAUCCAAGUAAGUUUUACAUUUUGAUUACUGCUUAUGCACAUAUCCACUCGAAUAAAUCCAUACAUGGCUACCUUUGAUACUUGAAUGUUAAUAUUACAGAAAUCUGAUGGUCAGAGUAGGUCACGUAUGGCUAUAGCUUUAUACACUAUUGUACUAGCGCUUUAUGCCCACAUAGAUUUUAUCACUGGGAUGUAAAAAAGGAAUAUUUUAAGGGAUAUAGUUAAAAGAAACACAUUUUUGUUGGAAAGACGUGAAAUGUUUGUGUUCACGUUGUAACUGUGGUUAUAGAACGCUGACUACAUCCCUUAUUACCCAUAUCACUCACAUGCAUAUCACUAAAACACAAAUUCAUACCAGAUGUACCAAGGCGACAGUGUUUGACUAUUUUCAACCCUGCAGUGCACCGGUAUGACGUUUUCCCACCCUUUCCAUCCCGCUCAUGGCCAGUUCGAUCCCCUGCGCAAGAUAUGUAGAGGAGAGGGCUGUAGCUCAAAUUCUGUAAGGACAGGAACGAGAUGUAAAACUGUGUUUUAGCCUGUCAUAAAGAGAGUCGAGAUUUGUAAAUCGAUGAUCGAGUUUUUACUCUCGUAAUUUUGGAAGUCUGUGUUUAUGUAAUUUACGAGUGCCAGUAGAAUGCAUGUGGUAUUGCCCUAGGGAAUAAGAAUUAUAUCCUGGACCUUAGCUCACAACUUAAUAAAUUUCUUCUAAAAGUACAAAGUUUGUUACAGUAGAUAUCUGAGUUUUCACAUAUUAGUAGCCAUUCAGGUUAAACAGUGUUGAUAAUUUCUGUAGUUUUGUGGCUGAACUGUGAACUUCACUCAUACGACCAUGUACUUUAACUAUAUCUUGUAGCAGAACGUGAAGGCUUAACUAUAUAAUUAACCGUGCAUGCCCAGUAAAAACAUAAACUUAAAACCUGUGUACGUAAUAAUACAUGCUUUAUGACUGACUGUGUUUUUAUGCAUGUUCAUUUUUUCAGUAAUAACGUUAGAUGGCAGGAUGUUUUUUUUUGCACAAGCUAUCAUUAGGAAGCUUUUAGAAGUACUUCUGAAGGCAAUAAAGGUACGAAGGGGAUAAAGGAAAGUAAUAAAGGCUGUAAAAGGUGAAAAUUUCAAAUAAAUUGUUUCCCGCUGAAUGCUAACGGGCUUUUUCCAUUAGUAGGUGUUAAUGUAAUAUGUUUUUAUGUAGAUGGUCUGAGGUGUACUCAUGUUUCAGAGUUUAUGGACAGUAAAAACACGCUUCGUGGAACGAACAUAAGGAAACUCAUUAAGUUCGAUUUCUUUCGAUUUGUAAUGGUUUAAUAAAUAACUUACUAUUCCCGCCUGUUAGUAAUGUUCAAACGUUUAAAAAGAAAUUGCACGAAACUCGUACCUACCGUGAAAAUUCAUUCUUUAUUAUAGCAGAAAUUUACGUAAAACAGCAAUAGCAAGAUAGCCAGGUUUGAAGCAGGUCACAGUUCACCCUCGAAAUCCACCAAAGCGAUUAUAACCUCAUUGCGGACUCUGCUUCAUUAAGAGGAAUAAGUACUAUGCGUAAAAUAAUCCUACUUUCGUACUUUGAUUUCUACAGUUAAUAUAAUAUCGGUUGGCCCAAAGGGUCUAACCAUUAAAGCCAUUCUUCUAAAGAUGCCAACAACACACACAGUUUAAAAGUUACGGAACCUUUCACUACGCAUUCUGCAUGGCAAUACGGUUUCGACAUUAUGGUGGUACAACACAGUGGAAAAUUUUGUCACUGAAUAAAGCACACGAAAGUCAUUAUGAAAGAAUGAAACGCAUGAAAUUAGAACAAAAAGUUGCAUCUCGUUCCUAAAAUAUAUUUGAGCUAUGAUAAAAAUAUUGUCCGUGUGUGUUCGUUAUGGAUAAUAUAAAACAUGUUUCUUUAGUAAAAAGUUUCGAAAAAUAA